CCGCCUGAUCUGUCAACGUGAUUCUCAACGCCGACCUUGGCCGCGCGUACUGCGCGAUUAAGUUGGCGCAUGCUCAAAGUCUUCUUAGUGAAAAGAAGCUUGUGUUUCAUCAUUUUCUAGAAAGAGGAGGGGACGGCUGUCUGAAACAAGCCACUUGCAACAGUGCAGAGUUAGUGAAAAGUUGCCAUAUCCUGCAUCUGAUUUCUAAAAAAAGAAAAUGAGCAAUUUUGAGAAGUAUGACUCAACAUCAGCCCAUUAUGAUGAUGGUAGGGUCCCAGCUGGUGCUUCUGUCUAUGCAGCAGUAAUACAGAACUAUCUUAAUAAGCCUUUAAAUGAGAUACACCUACUCGAUGCGGGAUGUGGCACUGGAAACUACUCCAAAGCUUUUCUUGACAAUGGAAUCGGCAAAGUUUCAUGCUUUGAUGCCAGCGAAGGAAUGCUGUCAAAAGCGAAAAACAAAUUGUCAGACUACAUUGCUACGAAAAAUGUUAUUCAAAUCAAGCAAGGGUUUCUGCCUAAGAUACCCUAUGAAGAUAAUUGUUAUGAUGCGGUCAUAUUUAUGCAAGUGUUGCACCAUAUUGACACCCUGGAAAGCAACUUUGCCAAUCUGAAGGCUACCAUGAAAGAUGCAUAUCGAGUUCUCAAACCAGGAGGAGUCCUGAUGAUAAAUUUCUGCACAGGCGACCAGGUGUUGUAUGGGGCCUGGUUUGUCAAUUUGAUCCCAAGAAGUGCAGCUAUUUAUAGAAAGAGGUACAUGCCACAGGAAGAUUUGCUUGAUUGCUUAGAAAGUAUUGGUUUCGAGAGUCCAACAACAGUCACCCGCCCAAAUGACACCAUCUUAACGAAGGAGAAAUAUUUUCGCAAAGAUGGUCCUCUGGAUCCCGAAUGGAGACAGAUGGAUUCCAUUUGGAGAAAUGCUGAAAUCGAGAAUGAAGUCGAAGAAGCAACGAAGGCGUUGCAAGAAAAAUUUGACAACAACACCUUUGAUGCUUGGUUUGCUGAAGUAGAGAAAAAGAGAAAGUCGAUUGGAAUCACCACUAGCAUUUUUGUCCAAAAGCCCAGUGCAUAGGCCUAGACAAACAAAUUUUUUUUUAAAUUAAAAUGAGAGGGAUAUUUUUAAUAUAUGUUAACAAUUUUGAAUUGAUGAAUUCGGGCUGUAAUUAAAUUGUUUUUACACACUGUCAUUCUUUGUUUACAA